AGGGCCCGCUUCGGGGCUGAGGCGCUGCCUUAGGCCCCACCGAGUCUCCCUCAACCCCUUCCCGGCCCAGGCGCAGGCUCCCCGUAGCGCCCUUCGGCAUGGCGGAACCCGAGGAGGUGGUGCCCGAUUCGGGUGCUGUGUUUACGUUUGGGAAAACUGAAUUUGCUGAAAAUAUUCCCAGCAAAUUCUGGUUUAAAAACGAUAUACCUAUAUAUCUUUCAUGUGGAGAUGAACAUACUGCUAUUAUUACAGGAAAUAAUAAGCUUUUCGUGUUUGGCAGUAACAACUGGGGUCAGUUAGGAUUAGGAUCAAAAUCGACUGUUAACAAGCCAACGUGUGUCAAAGCUUUAAAACCGGAAAAAGUGAAAUUUGCUGCCUGUGGAAGGAACCACACCCUAGUUUCAACAGAAGGAGGCAAAGUAUACGCCGCUGGAGGAAAUACUGAAGGACAGCUGGGACUUGGUGAUACUGAAGAGAGAAACACUUUUCAUCUAAUUAGUUUUUUUACAUCCCAGCAUAAGAUUAAACAACUCUCUGCUGGGUCUAACACUUCAGCUGCGCUGACUGAGGAUGGAGAGCUUUUCAUGUGGGGUGACAAUUCUGAGGGGCAAAUUGGUUUACAAAAUAUAACUAGUAUAUGUGUCCCUCAUCAAGUGACCAUUGGAAAACCUAUCUCCUGGAUCUCUUGUGGAUAUUACCAUUCAGCUUUUGUAACAACAGAGGGAGAACUGUACACCUUUGGAGAACCUGAGUAUGGGAAGUUAGGUCUCCCCGAGAAGCUGCUGAUCAAUCACAAAGUGCCCCAGCUGGUGCCUGGAAUUCCUCAGAAGGUGAUCCAAGUAGCUUGUGGUGGAGGGCACACGGUUGUGCUCACAGAGAACGCCGUGUACACCUUUGGGCUGGGACACUUUGGUCAACUGGGUCUUGGCACUUUUAUUUUUGAAACUUCAGAACCCAAAGCCGUUGAGAAUAUUAAGGAUCAGAAAAUAAGUUAUGUUUUCUGUGGAGAAAACCACACAGCUUUGAUAACAGAUUUAGGCCUUAUGUAUACUUUUGGAGACGAUCGACGUGGAAAAUUAGGACUUGGACUGGAGAGUUUUGCCAAUCAGUUCGUUCCCACUUUGUGUUCUAAUUUUUUGAAGUUUAUAGUACAGUUGGUUGCUUGCGGUGGAUGUCACAUGCUAGUUUUUGCCACUCCACGACUUGAUGUGGCAGAAGACGUUGAGUUAGAUGAAAUAAAUGAUUGUUGCUUACCUUCAGCUACAUCUCUGCCCAUCAGUGAUCUGACUUCAGGAAACGUACUGCAGAGAUCUUUAUCAGCACGUGUGCGGCGAAGAGAGAGGGAGAAAUCCUCAGACUCUAUUCAAACGACAGGAACACUACCUCCAAUUGCAGGGACUCUCGUACCACCUGUUUGUUUUUCGCCUUGUUCAGUUCCUUUCUGUAUGUCUACAACUAAUCUGCUAGAGAAAAUGAUGCCUGAUAAAGAGGGCCCUAUGCCGCCAAUGGAACCAGAUUAUUUUCAACAUAAAAUAACCAAAGGGAAAGAGACAGACGGUUUUUCAGCAGAGGAUUCAGAAAGCCUUGGAGAAACUACUGAUGUCUUAAAUAUGACACAUAUGAUGAGCCUGAAUUCCAAUGAAAAAUCAUUAAAAUUAUCGCCAAUUCAAAAACAAAAGAAACAAGAAACAAUUGAGAAACUGAAGCAGCAUACAGCUCAUACUGAAAAUGAUGGUAGUAAUGAAUAUGAAAGUGAAGAGAUGUCCAAAAAGACGAAAGAAGGGAAAGCAUAUAAACAACUUUUGGCAAAAGGAAUGUACAUGAUGCAAGCAGCUGUGACUAUGGAAGCAUUUUCAGAUGAGGACGGUGACCACAUAUCAGAGGAGCAGGAAGGAGAAGAUGAUUCAGAAGGAAGAGGAAUAGAGGAGCAAGAGAUAGAGAUAAAUGAGGAAGUGCCUGGAGAAAAAGAGGAGGAGGAAGCAAAGCUCCUGUCAGAUGACCUUACAGACAGAGCAGAGGUGAGUGAAGGUGAGGGAAAGCCAGGGGGAGAGGCAGAGCACAUGCCUGAAGGCGGAGGUGAGGGAAUCGGGAAGGAGGGUAAUUCAGGAGUGGAACAGAGGAGUGGAACAGGAAGUGAGGAGGGGGAGGAGGAGAAAGACAAGGGAGGAGGAGAAACGGAGAGCCUGGGUAAGGGAGAGAAAGACCUGAAAGAGGAGGAGGAACGGGAGCAAAAGGAGAGGGAACAGGGCCAUCAGGAGGAAAGAAACAAAGGGCUGGAGGAAGGGGAAGGGAGCGAGCAAGCAGGGGGGGAAGGAGAGGAGGAGGAAGGCAAGGAGGAAGAGGGGGGAGAAGGGAAAGAAGGAGAGGAGAAGAGAGAAGGGAAAGAGGAAGAAGAGAAAGGAGAGGGGGAGGAAGAGCAGGAGGGGAAGGGGGAGGAAGUAGAAGAGAGGGAGGGGCAGGAAGGAGAAGAGGAAGGGCAGGAAGAAGAGGGGGGAGAGGAGGAGGGAGAGGGAGGAGAGGAGGAGGGAGAUGAGGAGCAGGAGGGAGAAGGGGGAGCGGAGGAGGGAGGAGAUGAAGGAGAGGAGGAAGGAGAAGAAGGAGAGGAGGAGGAAGGAGACAGGGAGGGAGAGGGGGAAAGAGAGGGGGAGGAGGAAGGAGGAGAGGGGGAAGGAGAGGAGGAGGAGGGAGAGGGGGAAGGAGAAGAAGGGGAGGAGGAGGAAGGAGAGGAGAGGGAAGGAGAGGGAGAGGAGGAGGAAGGAGAGGAGGGGGAGGGGCAGGAAGCAGACGGGGAGGGAGAAGAGGAGGGGGAAGAAGGAGGAGAAGAGGAAGAAGGAGAGGGGGAGGAGGAAGGAGGAGAGGAGGAGGGAGAGGGGGAAGGAGAAGGGGAGGAGGAGGAAGGAGAGGAGGAGGGGCACGAAGCUGAGGGGGAGGGAGAAGAGGAGGGGGAAGAAGGAGGAGAAGAAGAAGGAGAGGGGGAGGAGGAGGAGGGAGAGGGAGAAGGAGAGGGGGAGGAGGAGGGAGAGGGGGAAGGAGAGGGAGAGGAUGAGGGGGAGGGGCAGGAAGCAGAGGGGGAGGGAGAAGAGGAGGGGGAAGAAGGAGGAGAAGAGGAAGAAGGAGAGGGGGAGGAGGGGGAAGGAGAGGGGGAGGGAGUGGGGGAAGGCAAGGAAAGGGAAAAGAAGGAGGGGGCAGUGAGGGAGAGGAAAGAGGAAGAAAACAGCAGGAGAGAAGGGGAGAAGGAAGAAGAGGAGGACGAUGAGGAAGAGGAGGGAAGGUACCAGGAGAGAGGCAAUGAAGAAAGUGGAAGGCAGGAAAGACAGGGUGGAGGAAGAGAAUCCAGCAAAGUGAGCAAGAUGAGAGGAUCUGUGAAAUAUGACAAAGAUAAAACAUAUCCAAAAAAGUUUAUUACUAACAGGGAAGGAAAGGGGAAACAGCAUGAAGUACAGAGGUUCAAAAUGCCAGUGCAGUCAAAACAACUCCUAGAAAAUGGGCCACCAGGUUCCAAAACAUUUUGGAAUAAUGUAUUACCACAUUAUUUGGAAUUGAAGUAACAAACUUUAAAUUUGACCUGAUUAUGUCCAGCCAAACAACUUGAACACAUGAAGA